CUAUGGGUAUAGCAGGCACAGAGGUUGCUAAAGAAAGUGCUGAUAUUAUAGUGCUCGAUGACAACUUUAGCACAAUCGUGAAUGUGGCUAAAUGGGGUCGUCCUGUAUUCAUAAAUAUUCAAAAGUUUGUGCAGUUCCAGCUGACAGUCUGUGUUGUGGCUCUGAUAAUCAAUUUGAUCUCUGCAUGCAUUUCAGGUAUUCAAUGUCAGCAACAAUGGCAUCAAUUCCAGCUUCCUCAAGUUGCUUAAGCCCAUGCUCUUUUGUCAUCACAGCAACUUCUAUGUUUUUUCCACCACUUUCAACAACCU